AUGAACAGUAAACUAAUUGAAAAAAGGUGUGAUGGAGACAAGAGAAAGGGUUAUAAGUACAGGUUGAGGAGUUUAAAAAGGAAGGAUGGUCCCAAUAGCCGAGACGUCAAGGAACUUAUUAGAGAUGUGAACAUAGCUAUUGCAGUUGAAGCCAUUCAAGCAAUUGGGAAUCUUGCAAGGGGCCUAAGAGCCCAUUUUUCUGGGAGUUCACGUUUCCUAUUUACUGUUUUACUUGAUAAAGUUGGAAAAUUCUCAGCAUCAACCCAAAACCAGGAUCCCAAUUGGACAUUUAACCAAGAUGUUCUUCGAGAAGAACUUGCUAGGAUGAUUAUUGUUGAUGGAUUGCCAUUUAGUUUUGUGGAAAAAGAGGGUUUUAAAAGGUUUUUGAGUUAUGCAGAACCAAGAUUCCAUAUGAUUUCACGAACCACAAUUGGGAAGGAUUGUAUUGAAUUAUAUUUAAGUGAAAGAAAUAAGUUGAAGACACUUUUUGAACUUUCUGCUUCACGUGUGUGUCUCACUACCGAUUUAUGGACUUCUAUUCAAAACCUUGGGUACAUAUGCCUUACGGCUCAUUUUAUUGAUAGAGAUUGGAAGUUACACAAGAAAAUUAUAAAUUUUUGUGUGCUUCCAACUCCACAUCGUGGUGAGGCUAUUGCACAAGCCGUGGAUACAUGUUUAUUAAGUUGGGGUCUUGAAAAAGUGUGCACUAUCACCGUAGAUAAUGCAAGUUCAAAUGACACGGCGGCAGCAAAGUUGGCACAGAAAUUAAAUAAAAGAAAUGGAUUGUUGCUGAAUGGGGAAUUAUUUCACGUAAGGUGUUUUGCACAUAUUUUGAACCUUAUUGUGAAUGAUGGAAUAAAUGAGGUAAAAAAGUCCAUCCUUCGUAUUCGUGAGUUUGUGAAAUAUGUAAGGAGUUCUCCUUCAAGAUUGCAAGCAUUCAAAAAAUGCGUUGAGGAGGAAAGAAUUUGGAGUUUAAAGUCUUUAUGUUUGGAUGUUCCUACUAGAUGGAACUCAACAUAUCUAAUGUUGAAAUCAGCCAUUGAUUUUCAAAAGGCACUUGAACGUUUGGCAGAGCAAAAUCCUAGUUUGGGAUUACGUUUGGUGGAACAAGAUACAAGUUUGGAAGUUUCUGAGGAGCCGAUGAGUGAGGAUGAUUGGUUGAAGAUAAGGGAUCUUUUUAAAUUUUUAGAGUACUUCUACAAUGUCACAAAGCGCAUAUCAGGGUCCAAAUAUAUUACUUGCAAUAAAUACUUUCGUGAAGUGUUUGGAGUGCAAACUGUCCUCUUAAGAUGGACAAAAAGUGAGGAUUUGCGUUUUAGAGAAAUGGCUAUUAAGAUGAAUGCCAAAUUUGAGAAGUAUUGUAAUAUUCGAAAGUUGAAUUUGAUCUUGAUUAUUGCUGUGGUUUUAGAUCCAUGUUUUAAGAUGAAGUAUGUGAAGUUUUGUUACAAGAAAUUAUAUUCAUCGGAAGAAGUGAAUGAGAUCAUUGGAAAGGUGAAGAGUUUGAUGGAAAGGCUUUUCAGACACUACAAAUCAUUGGAAAUAACUUCCCCUACAGGCUUUGGUGCUCAUUUAGCUCAAAACCUUGAAGAUGUUUAUGUGUCCAAUGAAAAAGAAGAUGGUUUGGAAGAAGAUAGAGAUUGGAAAAUUUUUUUUGAGAGAAGAGGAAAAUGA